AUGCCUACCGCCCUACCGCCCAGCUCGACACACUUUGAGAUUCGCCCGCUGCCGGCCGCGCUCCGCAAGGAGACGAACAUUGGCGCCGAGAUGCUGCUCAGAGGCGACCAGCUGUUUAUAGACCCGGACCUGAUCACGGAUGACGACAGGGAGCUUCUCCGGACCGCGCUGUACGAGCACUCCGUCCUCGUUGUGCGCAAGCAGAAGGGGAUCGAGCCAAGCGUCCUCCCGAGACUGGCACGCGUCUGGGACGACCAUGCAAAGUCGACACAUUCGGGCGGUGCCCAGAUGGUCAAGGACAAGGACAACAUCCUUUCGAAGAACGGCGGCGAUCGCAUCCCCCGCGCCCCUCAGGUCUCCGUGUUGGGCAGCGGGCAUUUCAAGGACUAUGAAGGGCUUCCCGAGGUCCGGCUGCGGCAUUUGAACCAACGCGAGUUCCAUGCCGACCCUCUGACCGAAGACCAAGUCCAGUCCGGACAAACAAGAUUCUACCGGUGGCACCUCGACGCACCCCUCUACGAGCGACUCCCGGGACGUGUGACCCUGAUCCACGGCGUCAAGGUUCCCACCGGCCAAACACAGCGGAUAGAGCUCGAGAGCGGCGAGAAUCUUCACGUGGCGCCUGGAGCCAGCGCAUUCGUUUCCGGAGCCAAAGCCUUUUCACUCCUGAGUUCUGCGGAGCAGGAGUUCGCGCUCAACACUACGAUACAAUACGCGCCACGCGCAUACGAGUGGAUCAGAGACUGCAAGGCCACGUCCGAUGGUCUGACCAUCGCCCGCGUCGGUGACGAGCGGGCACUCGACGAUCUGCCGGAGUGGAGCUGGGACAAGGUGCAGAGUCAUCCGAUGGUCUGGAAGAACCCCGGUAGCCCGGACAAGCCGCUCCUCGAGAUCCUAGGGUGCUGCGUGUAUGCCCUCCGCACGAAGGACCCGCAGACGGGUCAGGUCACCGAGAUCAGCGACCUGGCUCGGGUGCGUGAGAUUGUGCACGGGAUGCAGAAGAAGGUCCUCCGCAGGCCAGAGUACAUCUAUGCGCACGCGUGGGAGGAAGGCGACCUGGUCGUGUUCCACAACAAGGGCGUCUGGCACAGCAUCACGGGCAACCUUGACGGGGUGGAGCGGAUACUGUGGCAGUGCACAAUGGAGAGCGGUGUCGAGCCGGAACCCGCGCUGGAGGGAUCAAAGGUUUGAAAACAUUGGCUGAAACCAAUCGAGAGUGCGGUUCGGCCGUGGUGAUUGCAGUUUGUUCCUAGAAGCAAAUGUGGACUCUGCGUCAUAAUGGC